AUGUUGUGUGUUGACAGCAAUUAUCGUCUCGUUUGUAAGAUUAUAACUGAUUUUUCUGUCAAAUUUGACUAUUUAAAAAUUUUUAAUCCAUACAUCUUAAUGAAUAUUGCACAGAUGAGAAAGACAUACAAGGCAAUUUGUAGUUUAGUUGUAUUCAUGGAAGCUACACUCCACAGCUCAGACAGUGAUAAAGAUACAGCUUCAGACGAUCAUCAAGUAGCUAUUGGAGGCUCUGUGAAUAGGCCACAGACAGUGCAUUCCUCACACUAUAGCUUUGAAAGGUAUCCUGAGAAUGAAACUAAAGUAUCUAUACCUUUCCAAGGCAUUACAUCUAUUGACAGUAAUAUUAAGAGACUAGUGAAACUAAAGAAACUAUAUCUCUGGAAUAACAACCUAAAGUCAUUACCACCAGAGAUAGGAGAUCUGGUGAAUCUAAAGACAUUGCAUCUCGAUAAUAACAAUCUUAAGACAUUACCAUCUGAGAUAAGAAGACUGGUGAGUUUACGAAAACUAUAUCUUAGUGAUAACAAUUUCAAGACAUUGCCAGUUGAGAUAGGAGAACUAAAGAAUCUACAAGAGCUGAGUCUUAGUGGUAACAAGCUCAAGGCAUUAUCAGCCGAGAUAGGAAAACUGGUGAAUUUACAAGACUUGAACCUCAAUGGUAACGAAUUUGAAUUAUUACCAGCUGAAAUAGGAAAAUUAGAAAAUCUAAACGUGUUGUACUUCCGUAGUAACAAGCUAACGACAUUACCAGCAGAAAUAAGAGAGUUGAAGAAUCUACAGUAUCUAUAUCUCGAUUAUAACAAGCUUGAAACACUACCAUCCGACAUAGGAGAAUUGAAAAAUCUACAGUAUCUACAUUUCAAUUGCAACAAGCUGAAGUCAUUACCAUCUGAGAUAGGAGAGCUGAAGAAUCUACAGUAUUUGGAUCUUAGAAAUAACAAACUCAAGAUACUACCAUCUGAGAUAGGAAAGUUGAAGAAUCUACUAUACUUGGUUCUUAAUAAUAAUGAACUCACAACACUACCAUCUGAGAUAGGAGAGCUGGAGAAUCUAGGAGAACUGGAUCUCAGUGGUAAUAAUCUCGAGACAUUGCCAAACACAAUAAGAAAGUUAUCAGGCUCAUUGCAAUUGUUGUAUUUAAGAGGCAAUAACAUUUCAGAGAUAGGAGAAAAGGGAAGGACUUUAGGUAAGAAAGAACUGAGGGGGAUAUUUGGAGAUUGUGUCAAGCUUGAUGAGGAUGUCCCGCAAGGACUAUGUGGAUGUUUAUUACAAUAA